AUGUCUAAUGAGGAUUGUGUAGAUGACACCAAUAAUGUUGACGAGUUUCACGGGAAUUUGGAGAAUCCCUUGAGAAACGAUGAUGAGCUCCUGGACGACGAUAUCUUCAUGGAUGCUAACUUGGCAAAUGCAGAAGUUGGUGCUUCUGAACCCAAUGAAGGUGCCCAUUUUGAUCAAUUGGAUGAAUCUUAUAAGAUUGACGGGUGGAAGGACAUAAGAAAGACUGAGUUCUUGAAUAUUGUAGAUGUUGAUAUAAAAAGAUAUCAUUUCAGUGAUCUAGGAGUGGCUUUUGAUUUCUACAAUGCAUUUGCCAAGUCAAGGGAAUUUAGUGGUCGAAAAAGUAAGACGCGAAAGCACAAUGGGAUAAUCAAUCGACAGAAUUUUGUUUGUUGUCGCGAGGGCUUCCGACGAAAAAAGGCAGAUAAUACGCAGACCAGAAAACAAGAGCCUAGAGCUAAAACUAGGUGUGGCUGUAUGGCAAAGGUUCAGGUGUCAUUUGAUGUUGUUAGUGGUCGCUGGAUUGUUUCAAAAUUUUCUGAUUUGCAUAAUCACGACCUUCUUCCUCCAAUUUUUAUUGCAAUGCUUCCUGGUCACAGAAAAAUACCUGCUGCAGACAUUGAGCAAAUAAAUAUAAUGAGGAAAGGUGGAUUAGGCACUGCACAUAUUUUUGCAGCACUCUCAAGCCAAUCUGGUGGUCACCACAAUGUUCCCUUUUUGCCCAGGGACUUGUACAAUCAAGUCGCACAGCAACGUCGACGAUUGAAGGGUGAUGCUAGUGCAGCUCUUCAAUUUUUGAGGAAGAGGAAGUCCAUUGAUCCUGUCAUGGUUAUAAGAUAUGAGGUUGAUAGGCUUCACUCGAUAAAGAAUUUAUUUUGGUGUGAUGGAAUAAGCCAAAUGGAUUAUCAAUUGUUUGGUGAUGUAUUGGCUUUUGACGCUACUUACAAGAAGAACAAAUAUCAUUGUCCGCUUGUCAUUUUUUCGGGUGUUAAUAACCAUAAUCGCACAGUUGUCUUUGCGGCCGCUCUUGUGUGUGAUGAGUCGGAGCAAACAUAUAUUUGGUUGUUAAAAAAUUUGCUAGAAGCAAUGAAAGGGAAGGCCCCAAUUUCAGUUAUCACAGAUGGUGCCCUUUCAAUGAAAAAUGCAAUCGAAAAAGUUUUUCCUAAUGCACAUCAUCGCCUAUGUGCUUGGCACCUUAUUCGCAAUGCCACGAGUAAUGUAGGUAAUCCUAGGUUCACAUCGCAGUUUAGGAAGUGCAUGCUGGGUGAUUACGAGGUUGGUGUAUUUCGUAGUAAGUGGGAUCGGAUGGUUGAAGAGUUUGAUGUGCAGGACAAGCAAUGGAUAAUUGACAUGUAUGAUAACCGUCAUAGUUGGGCAACGGCACAUAUCCGUGGGAAGUUCUUUGCUGGAUUUAGGACCACUUCUCGAUGUGAGGGGUUGCACUCAGUUAUUGCAAAGUAUGUCAAAUCUAGGUAUAAUUUAAGAGAUUUUGUAGAGCACUUUGAUAGAUGUGUUGCCUACAUUCGUUUCAAAGAUAGUCUAGCAGACUUUGAAUGUGCAUAUGGAGUACCCGUGAUGCAAACUCAUUUAUUGACAUUGGAGAAGUCCGCAGCUAAUUUAUAUACAAGAGAGGUAUUUUUUCUAUUUCGCCCUAUUAUUAUAAGGUCUGGUUCAAUGAAAGUGUUAGAUUGCAUUGAUGUUGGUUCUUAUAUGUUAUACACGGUGGUUAAAUUGGUGGCUACACUAUCAGCAGGUAAAGAUGAUAGGUUCAGGAGCAUGAGGGAUUGGGCGAUAAACACAGUGGAUAAAAUGAAAGCUGAUAAUAUUGCUAGUGCAAUUACUUCUAGUAGUACAAUUUCUGCCACUUAUACAGAUCCUCGUGACCCCCCAAUUCGUAGAAGAGCCAAGGAUCGUGCCGGACAAUGA